AUGCCCAGCCCAGCUCUCUCCCUCAGCUCUCUCCCUCAGCUCUCUCCCCCAGCUCUUUCCCCCAGCUCUUCCUUCCAGCUCUUCCCCCCAGAUUUCCCCCUCAAAUCUCCCCCCCAGCUCUCCCCCCCAGCUCUCCCACCCAGCUCUCCCCCCCCCCUCUCCCCCCCAGCUCUCCCCCCCAGCUCUCCCCCCCAGCUUUCCCCCCCAACUCUGCCCCCCAGCUCUCCCUCCCAGCUUUCCCCCCCAACUCUUCCCCCCAGCUCUUUCCCCCAGUUCUGUCCCCCAGCACUGCCCCCCAGCUCUUCCCCCAGGAUCUCCCCCCCAGCUCUCUCCGCCAUCUCCGUCCCCCAGGUCUGUGCAGCAUGGUCUGGUGUGUUUGACAGCAGAGGGCAGUGUGGUGUGGUGAACCAGAUGACGGUCAUCGUGACGAUGCUCAAGAGCCUCGGGGUGGUCAGCAACGUCGCUACCAACGGUUGGAAGUGGUGGGUGGGGAUGUGCGAGGGCAAGAGUAUGACAUUGAGUUCAUGGCCCUCUUCCUCUGUCCCCAAUCACCUCCCAUCUGCUCCCCUGCCAACCCGACCAAGCAACAGCAUCAUAGUUGUUGCACCUUCAGACAACCGCCUCGCUCCCACAACAUCUUCUCCACCUGACCCUCCACACCUGCUGCUGCAGCAGCAGUGGCAGCAGUGGUGGCAAGAGAGGGAUAACUUGGGCACGGGGGAGAUGAGGGGGACGGAGAAGGGGGUUUGGGGAGCAGGAGCACUUUGCUCAUGCACUGCUGCAGCAGAGCAGCAGCUGCCCAAUCAGCACAUUCAACUCCUUCUGUGCAGCAUCAGUAGUGGUUAG